AUGUAUCUAAAUGGAUCAAUAUUUCCACUUGUCUUGACUUUGCACUCUUUGGAAAUCCCUCAAACGAGCAUUUAUCCAGCAUUCAUGCUUGGAAUGACAACAUACUUGUUUAUCUUACUCUGCAAUCUAACAAUUGUUGUCACCAUUUGCUUGAACAGGAAUCUUCAUAAACCAAUGUACAUACUGUUGCUUAACAUGCCUAUCAAUGAUGCUAUGGGUGCCACAAGCCUUUUUCCUCAGCUGCUGUAUAGUAUAUGGUCUCAGGACAGAUCAAUAUCCUACCCUGCAUGUUUGCUUCAAGGCUUUAUUGUACACUUAUAUGGUGGGGCAUCAUAUGUUAUUCUUACUGCUAUGGCCUAUGACAGGUAUAUCGCUAUCUGUUGCCCGUUGAGAUAUGGAGCCAUUUUGACAACCAAUAACUUGGUGAAAAUCAUAACUGGGAUGUGGCUUUUUCAUUUUAGUGUCAUAAUUGUACUUUUCUCUCUUCUUCUGCCUCAUCAGGUUUGCCAGACAUACAUGGCAGAUCUUGUCUGUUAUAAUCCAUCUAUAAUGAAACUUAUGUGUGAAGAUACAAUAGUUAACAAUAUCUAUGGAUUGUUUACCAUUGUUUUAUACCACGGCCUUUCACUUUCUGUUGUGGCAUUUACAUACAUUAAUAUACUCAUCAGUUGUGUUACUAAUAAGCAGUCCGAUGCAAAGAUUAAGGCACUUCAGACAUGUGGUACUCAUUUGGUCGUCUUCCUUUUCUUAGAGUUUAACACUCUUUUUCCUCUUCUUUCACAUCGAUCUGAUAGUGUUCCAGCUCACCUACGCAGGGUGUUUUCUAUAUCAGUUCUUGUGUUCCCUCCCCUUGUGAAUCCACUCAUUUAUGGUUUUAAAACUAAAGAGAUCAGACAGAAAAUUCUCACCUGUUUUAAGAGGAAGAUAAUCAGUGUCUGA